UUUUACCAGACACGUUCGCAUGUCCUCUGGAUAACUCAACCAGAGGCCUUCUGGCUGUUCAGGGGUUCAUCCUAUGAAGCUGAAGAUAGGGCAUCGGUGGCUUCACGGUAUCUUGCAAUGGCUUUAACAAGUAGUUUCACCGUUCUACAGAACAGUCUUUCCCUGCGACGUGGUGGAUGGAUUUAUGCCUCUCCAAAAAAAUUCGUCUCAAAUUUAUGGUUCAGACCCAAAUCAUCUCUGGCCGCUCAAAAUUGCAAUCCCAGAUGCAGUAGUGGUGAGCCCUCAUUAACCAAGAGGAAGCUCAACCUUACCGUUGUGGCAACGUCGAUAUGGGGUUUGCCUAAUGUGUCUAGUGCAUUAUUGGCUGAAGAAAUGAAGCUGGAGAGGUACACUGAUUCGAAGGAGGGUUUCACCCUCCUUAAACCCUCUUCUUGGAUAAAGGUUGAUAAAGCAGGGGCAACUGUGCUGUUUCAAGAGGCAAAUAUGGGAAGUAACAAUAUUGGGGUUGUGGUAAACCCGGUUCGCCUUGAAAGUCUUGACAAGUUUGGAAGUCCUAAAUUUGUGGCUGAUAAGCUUAUACAAUCAGAAAAACGUAAGGAAAGUACAAAGGAAGCAAAGGUGAUUAAAUUUGCAGGCAGGUCAGGGGAAGGAGGUUUACCAAUUUAUGAAUUUGAAUAUAUAGUUGACAGCACCCGGGGAGGAAUGAAGAGGAUUUUUUCUGCAGCAUUUGUGGCCUCAAAGAAGCUCUAUCUUCUUAAUAUUGUUCACUCUGAUAAACCAGAGAGUCCCCUUGACUCUUAUAAAAGAGUGAUGUUAGAGCAAGUGCUUCAUUCUUUUGAUGCGGCAACUUUGGCAUGACUUGCUCCCAACUCAGUUCUCCUGAUUUUUUUUUUUCAUUCUAUAGCUGCCAAGCACCAACACAGGCUCAAAUUUUAUUUGACAAGUAUUUACAAUCAGGCAGCCUGAAAAUUUAAUGUACAUCUUUAACUAAUUUCAAGGUAUUUGUUAUAUGGCUCGAUGUUUAAACUAUCAUUUCAUAUCAAGGAUGACCCAAACUUCCUUUAUAUUCA